CCGGUCCGUGGGCGGGGCCUUCUGGCAGUUUCUGGGCGCUGCGAAGGCGCCGCUCCGGGGCUCGGCGGCCGGAAACGCCGGCUUCAGAGUCGCAGGCGCCCUGGCCUUUCCUUUUUCUCCGCCUAGGCCGUGCAGUCCGCGCAGCCAUGGCCAAGUGGGGUCAAGGGGACCCGCGCUGGAUCGUGGAGGAGCGGGAGGAUGGGACCAACGUGAACAACUGGCACUGGACAGAGCGGGAUGCCACCAGCUGGUCCAAAGGGAAGCUCCAGGAGCUCCUGGUGGGCAUUGUCGUGGAGAAUGAGGCUGGACGCGGUGAGAUCAGCGAGCUGAAGCAGGUGGAAGGUGAGGCUUCCUGCAGCAGCCGCAAAGGAAAGCUGAUUUUCUUCUAUGAGUGGAACAUCAAACUGGGCUGGAAAGGUAUCCUUAAAGAAUCUGGUGUGAAGCACAAGGGUUUGAUUGAAAUACCCAAUCUUUCUGAAGAAAACGAAGUAGAUGACACUGAGGUGAACGUGAGUAAAAAGAAAGGAGAUGGGGAUAUACUGAAGGAUCUUAUGAAAACUGCAGGCACCGCCAAGGUCAGGGAGGCCCUUGGAGAUUACCUGAAGGCACUUAAGACGGAAUUUACAAUGGGAAUGAUUUUACCUACGAAAGCUAUGACAACCCAGGAAUUGACUGGUAAAAGAAAACUGAGUGAGAAUACCCUGCAGGUUCAGGCCUCAUCUCCAGUGGCACCGGGUGUAAGGAUUCCCACUGUGGCUCUUCACAUGAUGGAACUGUUUGACACAACUGUAGAGCAGCUGUAUAGCAUCUUCACUGUGAAGGAUUUGGUGCAAAAGUUUUCUAAGUCGACUGCUGUAUUGGAAGCCGAAAAGGGAGGGAAAUUCCAAAUGUUUGAUGGGAACAUCACUGGUGAAUAUCUAGAAUUGUUAACCAACAAAAAGAUCGUCAUGAAAUGGAGAUGUAGGAACUGGCCAGAAGAACACUAUGCUACGGUUGCACUGAAUUUUGUGCCUACUCUAGGGCAAACAGAAUUACAAUUGGACUGUAAAGGAGUUCCUGUCUGUAAAGAAGAGAACAUGAAAUUCUGUUGGCAGAAGCAGCAUUUUGAAGAAAUAAAAGGUUUACUGCAGCUGACCCCCCUAAAUUGUUGAAUUAGUUAAGAUUUUUAUAAGGCAUUACUUUUUGUAAGUAGAAAAAGUGUCACAUUUACCUCUCCCUAUUUUUUUAAAGGAUCCUUAAUUUAUUUUAUAUUGGAUGAAAUCUAUGAACAUUAUACAAUUUAAAGCAUUGUUUGACUCUUUAUUAUAAUAACUAGAUACUGCAUUGAGUUAAAAGAAGUAGCAACCUGAAAUUAAUUAGGUAUUAACCUGGCCUUCCAUAGAUGUUCCUCUGAAAACAGAUCAAGUCCCUGAGUGCAGAUAGUUGACAUUUCCCAGGCUGAAGUUUGUCCUAUAGCAAGCUUGCUUGCAGCUGUACUUUUAGUUCAAGAUGAGAAAAAAUAAAUGGCAUGUUGAUACU